AGACUCCACCGACUCCCGGUCGGACCGUGUCUCGACUGCCGCUGCUGCCGUCUGUCUCCGGCCGUUCCCUCCCCGCAAGCGGACGCAGGGAGCCGAGGCCUGGCGUGCGGGGUGCCAUGGAAGGCGGCAGGCAGGGGGACGCGGCGGGAGCGGAGACACUGGCCGGCUGAGGCCGAGGCAUGCGGAACCCCGGCGGAAGCCUGCUCCACACGCUGCCCCGGGCCUUGCAGCACGCCGGUCGGCCGGGCGGUGCGGAGCAGCCGGGCCGCUGGGCACCGGAGCGGACAGCGGGAGGGGACUGCUCGGAGGACCGCCUUCCCCGUGGGGGCGGGGCCAGCGCGGCUGCUGCUGCGGCGGCGGCCUCGGGCGCGCUGCUCGGCGCCUAUCUGGAGCGCCACGGUCCGCCCGCGGCCUCGGACUUGCCGGCGCCGGCCGGGGCGUUGGCAGGCGGCCCCGGGAGCGGCGGCGGCGUGGUGGUCGGGGUGGCCGAGGUGAGAAACUGGCGCUGCUGCUGCCUCGGCAGCACCUGUUGGUGCCGGAGCCUCGUGCUGGUGUGCGUGCUGGCCGCCCUGUGCUUCGCUUCCCUGGCCCUGGUCCGCCGCUACCUGCAGCACCUCCUGCUCUGGGUGGAGAGCCUCGACUCGCUGCUCGGUGUCCUGCUCUUCGUCGUGGGCUUCAUCGUGGUCUCCUUCCCCUGCGGCUGGGGCUACAUCGUGCUUAAUGUGGCGGCCGGCUACCUGUACGGCUUCGUGCUAGGCAUGGGGCUCAUGGUGGUGGGCGUCCUCAUCGGCACCUUUAUUGCUCAUGUGGUCUGCAAGCGGCUGCUCACCGCCUGGGUGGCCGCCAGGAUCCAGAGCAGCGACAAGCUGAGCGCCGUUAUCCGUGUCGUGGAGGGAGGAAGCGGCCUGAAGGUGGUGGCGCUGGCCCGGCUGACUCCCAUACCUUUUGGGCUUCAGAAUGCAGUGUUUUCGAUUACUGAUCUUUCCUUACCCAACUAUCUGAUGGCGUCUUCAGUUGGACUGCUUCCGACCCAGCUUCUGAAUUCUUACUUGGGAACCACACUACGGACGAUGGAAGAUGUCAUUGCAGAACAAAGUGUUAGUGGAUAUUUUGUCUUUUGUUUACAGAUUGUUAUCAGCAUAGGCCUCAUGUUUUAUGUAGUUCAUCGCGCUCAAGUGGAAUUGAAUGCAGCUAUCGUCGCUUGUGAGAUGGAACUGAAAACCUCUCUGGUUAAAGGCAGUCAACCGAAUCCCAGUGGCUCUUCCUUCUACAACAAGAGGACCCUCACGUUUUCUGGAGGUGGAAUCAAUGUUGUAUGACUCUUACAAACUGUGAUUGUCGAGCGCCUACUCUGCUGUCCGGGCCUAGCAGUCACUUACCUAAUGGCAGAGACAAGUGCCGUUGUAUUAUGGCACAAGCAAAACUGACUAGUUUUUAAAUUGCACAAUUUUCUAAAAGCAAGAAUCAUUUUCUGGGUCUGUAAAUGUAGAUGCAGCUUUGGCUGCCCCUUGUCAUACCUGUAAUGGCCUAUAGGUGUGCACUUUAGUGUUUUUGAAUUAUUUUAUUGCUGGGACUUAUGAACAGAGAAAUAACCCAAAUUUUUUUUUCUGUUUAGUAUCUUUAUUUAUAAAGCCCAUGAAUAGUUGUGUGCAUCUGUCUUUAAAGAUGAGUAAAAAUGUACAGUUCUCAGUGGCUCACUGUUGGAUGUUCUUUGCUUUGGCAUUCUGUCCAGAAGGGUAAACUGUUUUGUUUAUUGUUCACUUGUUUGUUUCAAGCAGGAAAACUUCGCUUUACUUUUCUUGCUUGUAAGAGAAUAGAUGUACUUUGGUCGAAUGUAUGUCAGCAUUAUGUCACUGUGGGCCAUUUACAACUUUGCGUACAAGCGUAAAUCCUACAUUGUGGGACUGAAGUGCUCUUAAGACCCCUUUUAUUUUCACUGUGUAAUAUGCAAAGUGAAAGGGACAUUAUUUAGCAGGCGACUCACAAGUCGAGCCUGCAUUCUUAUUUGAUUAUCCUGUUUUCACCCUUUAGGCCUCAUCCAAGGGCUGUCCGAAAGCACUCUUACCAAACCAUUUCUCCCUUUUAUAUUAAUAAUUAGGCUUUGAAAUUAACAUAUUAUUCCUAUAAAACGGUGGGCUUACCAUUUCUGACGUUGUCAUUCAGGUGGCCUUGUUUAGUCAAAACGCCUUGUUAAAAAGAAACAAGCUUUAAAAUCACGUUUAUAGUUUCAGUAAAGUACUUAUAAUAUAUAUGUCUCUAUAGUUUUCAGCUUUAAAACUAUAAACAAACAUUAAUAAAAGCCCAUGUUUGUGCUAUCUGCUGUAUUAUUGCUGUUUUGUUUGGGGCUUUGAUAAUUCCUUUUCCCUGAUGAGACUCAGGAAUUCUGAAAUGUGAAAUCGUCUUGGUUCUUUUUCUCGGAGCAUGUGUGUUUGCUAACAGCACAUAGGACUUAGCAUACAGUAAUCUGACAUGAUUCACACAGCGAACACUCAUUGAUCAGCUUUACUUUUGAAGUAGUUAAUUGCAAACUUAAUGAAUAGUUGAUUUUGUUGGUUACAAAUGAGACUGUAGUAAUACGGUAACGUUUUCUGUUAAGUACUUGGCUUUUCUAUGACUGUUCCAACCUGUCAGAAGUCUCUCCGCUGCCUUUUCCUGGCGGUAAAACCAUUGCCCUGGUAGCUGCUGACAUAGAGUAAUCCUGUGCAAGCAGAUUUUUCUAGCUUAACACCAGAGAUGACUUUGAUUGUGUUCACAUACAAGGUUUUUGCCCAGUUCAGGUUGUUUUCCUUCCCUCCCUGAUACGUAAAUUCCUUCGCCUCUGAGUAGCAGUAGAAGACCAGAGUAACUAUGACAAAGGCACCUGGUCUACAGCGCAUGCCUGGCCUCCAGACCUUUGUUAUCAGUAGAGAAACAACUAUGUAUACUUUGAGUCCUCACUGCCUGUUUAGUUUUAUUUAGUUUAACCAUCCCAAUAAAGGAAAUAUUUGAUUUGUUCUUGUUUUUAGUCUGACUUUGCAAACUUUUUCUUGUGUUUCUUAUCAGCUGCUUUUUGUUAAGGACUAUUUAAGAUCACGGUUUUCAUGCUUGUUUUACAGUUGGUGUAUUUUGAAGUGCAUUAUAUUUACUUAGCAUUUGUAACUUGAACGACUUCACCAAAUGAGUACCUUUUGGUAAUUUGUAAUAACUUCUUCCAAAUGUUAACACUUUCCCUGGUAAUUGUAUUACAUAUGUGAAGAGAAAAGAAAUAAUUUUCUGUAUUCUGCCAAUCAUAAUUUUAUAUAAUAAAUCAUCAACUUUUAUAGUAGUAUGGAUUGACAAUUUCUAAAGUUCUAAUGUAGCUGUGCUUUUCCCUCCUUUAGCAUUUCCAAGGUACCAGUAAACAGCCCUUCAUGAUUGCCAAGUUAUUUGAUCGGUGCGUCCGGUGGCUGGUGGCUGAGUUAUAUUUAUACUCACUGUAAUCUGUACAACAUAGCCCUGUCAUGGUCACUGGCUCUAACCCUGUACCUUGAGCUUACACAGCAGGAGUUGCCAGGCAGUGCUCUGGGCACACGUUGCCUCCAGCAGUGUUUAGGCAGUGCUUGUUCAUGGAAGUGAAACGUGGUGUCCUUACAUUGGUAAACUACAGUCUGAUGUUGCUUUAUGUUCCUUUAGAGUCCACCUAGUUUUCACUCUGGUUAACGCUGUGUUCUGUCUUCCCUAAGAUUGCCUCUUGGACAAAGUUGUAUUACCUCUUUUUAAAACCAUGUUUAUAUUUACUGUGCUUUAAUGUCACUUUUAUUUCAUCAUCUGAUCUGUGAAAAAUGGAAAUCUGUACUCUUGGUGAAAAUCAUGCUAUCGAGUCACUGUUGCCAGAAUGUUCACUCUCAGUUUAUAUUCAGAGUCAGCCAUACUCACCCUUGAUGCACUGUAACUGGCUGCUAAUGUUCCACGGUGGCUUUCCCCAACGCUCAUGCAAUUUCCUCUCGGAAAACUAUUGAAUCCAUUGUUUAUUUGCCCUCACUGUAAACAAACUAAACGGUUGAGACACACGCACGUCCCCAGCACCAGACCUGUUAACCCGUGGUGGUGAUUUGGACUCUUACUGGGGAAGUUACUGUGACUUAAAUUUGAUGUCCGUGAGACUGAACUUUCCAGUUCUUGAAAGCUGCUAGUCUGUGCCACAUUGGUACAAUAGAUCCUUCCUGUGUGGCAGAUGGAUGCCAUUUACAGGAAAGGAGCAUCGAAGAGAAAAAAGUUUAUUGGGAAACCAGACAACAGCUGUAACUGGGUUGAUGGCCUUGGAGCUGAGAUAGUGUUGCCGCUGAAGGCUACUCCCAGGCUUGGAAUGGUCCAGGUAAUAGUUAUUGUCUGGAUCCUCAGAUGUUUCUGGUUUCUCUUAUAAUAAGGUAUUUAGGAUAUAUAUUUUUAAAGUUCAUUGCUUUAGGCUGAAAAGCCAUUUAAACGGGGUGAGGAGUUACUUUCUUAGGACAUUUAAAACUCAGGAGUUCAAAUAAACUCACAAAUUGAACAGACACUGUUGACUUUGCGACCUGGUACAUCUGAACUGCACAGUGAUUGCUACAGACUGUUCUCAAAGGUGACUGGGAUCUACAGUAGCAGAUUCUAACAGCAAAACAGUUACAAUGUCUUGAAAGUUGGUAUCCCAAAUCACUCGUGUGCCUAAGAAAAUAAAAGGAAAUAUUUUA